UUCAGUAUCCACGUGUUGUCUCUUCAAUGUUAGACGUGUAAAAAAUGUAUCAAUUACUUGGAAUUCUAUUUAUUAUUAACUAUCUGAUCAUAGUGGUCAAUUCAUUUGAUGUACACUUUCAUUUGAGUUAUCCUAGUCAGAGAUUGGGCUCCGAUAUUGAUACGGAUCUAUAUAAACGUGCUGCCAUUUCAGCGGAUUAUCAGCAAUUCUUUGACAAAGCCAGCUACACUUUUAAUGGUCUAAAUCGUGUUGCCUCAGUGCCGGUGGCCUUUCCCUUGGACAUAUGCAUAUUGCAGUUGCCUACAGUGAAAUAUGCCACGGCCUUGCAUAAGAAUGAAGCGGAUCUACGUCAAUUUGCAGUAUACGAAUGGAAACCCAGUGCAAACUCUUAUGAAUUACUACUUGAACUACCUACACCCAAAGCUGUGGCUCUGGAUUGUUUAGCUUACGGUGGUCGAGGCUAUGUGGCCCUUAGUUUUAACCACACAGAAACCAUUAGGAAGGCUCGUGAAGGUUCUCCCAUCUAUGAAAUUUCCCCAGAAACGGGCAUACGUGUAGUGCAAUAUUUUGCUAGUCUACAUUUGCGUGGCAUGUAUCUGAGAAUAAGUAGUCAGGAGUUGACUCUCCUGCAAGCUAUCGAUACAGGUUCUAUUGAUGAUGUAAAGCAACAACGUUGUCCUUACUUCAAAUGGACUACGGGUACCUUUCAGCGUCUUGGCUCCAUAGCCUGUAGCAAUGCACGACGCCUCGAGGCAUUUGGCAUUGAUUUCAAUGACUAUGUGGCUGUGGCCAAUUAUGCCGGUUCCAAUGGACGUACUGCAACCAAUUCGGAGAUCUAUAGAUAUAAUUCCACCAUACGACGAUUCCAGUUAUUUCAACGUUUACGCAGCAAUGGAGCAGUUGAUGUAAAAUACUUUAGUUUACCCAUAAAUGAGGUAGAUCGUCGUCACUUUCUCAUACUAGGCAAUAAGAUUGGUGUGAAUGGCAGCAACAGCGAAGCCGACACUGUUAUCUAUAUGUAUGACAAGGGACAAUUUGUGCCCUAUCAGCGUUUAAGUUUCUAUAACCUGGAACGUGUUUUACCCGUGCAGCAUGCCAUAUCGGAAAAGUUUCUUUUAUUGGUGGCUUGUCAUAAGCAGGAUGUUAAGAUUUAUAACCUUAAUGAUUGGAAAUUUGAAGAGUCAUCGGUACAAUUUACAGAAGGAGCCUUUAGUCGUGGCGUUGCCCGUAUGCGUAACUAUGAGGAAAACGAUCAACAGUAUUUAGUGAUUGCAAAUGAAAAUAUGGCAGCCAACGAGACAAAUAUAUACGAACCGCUCUAUAAACAAGAUGAACACGCCAAUGUGCUGCGUCAGCAAAUAAUUGAAUGGGCACGUCAGCAGAAACAACGUUUGCAACAGCAAAACAUAGAAAAUCUGAUCAAGGGUUUAGAGCAAAAGCUAAAAACAAGAGAGGAUCAAUUACAGAAAUCUCAUAUAAAGCGUAUUAGAACCAAAACCUAUACAGAUGAAAGACUUCAAUUAAGUUCCAACUAUUGGGAGGCCUUGGAAUAUGCCAAAAGGGCAUUGGAUGUGGUUGAAAGGGAUGCUCAAACUCAUCAUCUGAACAAGAGAGAAGCAUCGCAUCCACAACGAGUAAAAGAGGAACAUCAAUUUGCAGAACUGACUGUUGAUACCAUGGUAAUCCAUGAUAAAUUGCUUGCCCAACGCAUCAAUGGUCUAAAUGUUAAGAAACCCAUCUUUGAUUGGGUCAAUGCUAGCCAAGUGAAUGUCAGCGAAAAUUACAAGGAACCAUCGGGAAAUCUAAUAGAAAAACUUGAAGUAAAAGAUCUUCAAAUAAAGGGCAAGCUAAAUGGCUACAAUUGGAUGCACUUGCUCGAUCAGACACUCAAACGUAAGAGCAUGAAACAAGAGGAACAAGAACAAGAACAAGUGCAAUUUGUUAAGUCUUCCAUUGAUGUAAAACAUUUGAAAACCAAAACUGUUCUAGUCAAUAGUCAUGAGAUUAAUGAUCGUUCAUUGAAUCAUUUAGUUUCAAUUGAUGGUGGCAAUUAUAUAGUGCAACAGGAUGUACAAUUUGCCCAACCCAUACAAGUGAAUCGUUUGUUAAUCAAUCAACGUCUAAAUCACAUACAUGUCGAUCGUCAACGAUUUGAUCUAUUACUAAAAGAAGCCAAUUAUACCCAAGUGAUUGAGGGUGCCAAAAGAUUUGAGCGUGUUCAAGUUCAAGAACCCAUAACCAUAGCGGGUCAACUAUUGGGACCUGAGCUAAGGGCCAUGUCACCCAUGAAAGUUACACAUCAAUCUUUGGUUCUACAAGGUGAUUACACGAUCAAUAAUCAGGUUAUUAUAGGUAAACAAUUGGCUAUGAAAGAUUUAGUUGAUUCAGCCACACAACGUUCAGCCAAAGAGUCAUUGAAUAAAGCUCUUCCACUCAAUAAACCAUUAAAAAAUGUUAUUAUACGCUUUGAUCAACCUCUUAAAGCAAAUCAAACAAAUCUCAGUUUUCUCAAUAAGCAACAUCUAGAACAAUUGAUUCAAUUGAAUGUCCCGGAUGUUCAAAUGGUUGAGGCAACAAAAUUCUUUCCACAAAAACUGGAAAUUAGCCAAGGAUAUGCUGAAGUGAAAUAUCUAAAUGGUCAUGACAUUCAAAAGUUGUCGCAUUCGCUGCUGACCAAAAGUGGCAAUCAGACAAUUGAAUGGCCCAUCGAUAUGGAAAGUCUGCAAACGACUCAAGUUCAAGCUAAAAACCUUCAAUUGAAUGGCUUAAAUCCAAAUGAUUAUCUGCAGUUGUCUAAGAAUCAAAUAAGCAAUGCCACAUUACAUAUAAAUCACUUGAACGCCAAUAAAUUGAAUAUAGAGAAUUUACACUUAAAUGGUCAAAGGAUUUUCAAUCAAUCCUUGACGGAUAUAUAUACGACGGGCAGCAAAGCACCUUGGGAUAGAGAAAAUUUCAAUGGCACAACAAUCUAUGCCCAAAAUCUAUGGCUUAAAGGUCACAUCAAUCAUCAAUGGGAUGUGCCACAAAUUGAGCAACGUUUGCAACAGUUGGCCGGUAAUAUUAAAUAUGUGGGAGAUUUUACAUUCCAAGAGCCAAUUAAUAUAACACAUUUGAGUUUUGGACAAACAUUGAAUGGUCUAACCAGUCGGGAAUUUGGUUAUAAUUGGUUGACUAUGCGAAGAGAGCAAAAUUUCACAGCCCCCCAAAGUCUGGCCGCCAUGGAGAGUCCCGAGGGUGUUGGAAUCUAUGGCAAAGUGAAUAAUUAUACCCUAGACCAAUUGGUCCAAGAUAGUUAUCGACUAAAUGCCAGUGAGCUGUUGCCUACUGUGAGAUUUGAGAAUCCAAUUGUCAUGGAGGCAAAUGUCCAAGUGGGCAGUUUAAAUGGUCUACAUGUGCCAGAGGAUUUGCUAUAUAAGUCAGGUGGCGGCUAUCUAUUACAACCCGUUAAUAUAAAGGGCAAUUUAGCCAUCUCCAACCUGUGUAAUAUCAGUCUUUUGAAUGGCUACCCCCUGGACAAAAUAGCCGAUUAUCUGCAAGAGGAUUCAUUAAUUGUAGAGCAAGCUAAAUUUGAUGAGGAACCCAAAUAUCAAUCUCUAAAUGGCCAUCAUUUGGAUGACUUACUUAAUCGUGUGUGGCUGGACAAUGAGCCCAUAGAGUUAAGUCAACCGGAAAUAAACUCGGCUAGCUUUGAGGGCCUCAUUAACUUUCAGGGCGACCUAAAUGGUCAUAAGCUCUACAAGAUUGGACGCAGAUAUUUUAGUCUUACUCGUGCCAAUCAGCAAGUUAAUAUACCCGUUCAAUUCAAUAAUGACGUCACUUUCGCGGAGCCUCCUACAGCCAGACUGGCCCAACUACGUGGCAGCAUCAGCAACAACAACAACAACAACACCAACAAAAAUAAUGGCCAUGAGGCAGAUAAUAACUCGCUAAAUUUUGAUGAUUUUGUGGCAAAUACCUUAAAGACAUCCGGCAUACAUACCAUAUCCGGACAAUGGAAAGCUUCCCGUGCCAUUGUUCAGGGGAAUUUGGAAAACGUUCUUAUAAAUCAAUUAAAUUUAGUUGAUGAUAUUGUAUGCCUGCCCAAGGAAAAUGUUACCAAUCCUUCCCUGACCACCGUUGAGGCUCUCAAAGUUGUUCCCAGUGCCACUGUAAAACGUCUUUAUGCCACGCCCAACAGCCUUAUAUCUAAUAUACCCAUAGCAAAUUGGAUAAACAAUGCUGUAUAUAUUUAUGGCAAUCACUCGAUAGCAGGUCAAAGUCAAUUAGAUGCAGUGAAUCUAUAUAAUGAUCUUCGAGUGGAUGGCCUGGUAAAUGGUAUACCUUGGACAUCAGAUCAUCUAUUAUUGCGUGAUAGAGAGCAAUAUAGCGAAGGAUCUUUGAGGGUGGACAACGUUUUACCGCAAGAGCAACGUAUUUUGACUCACAAUAUUGAAGAACUUUGGGUAGAUCACAUUAAUGGUCUAAAUGUCAAUGAACUUUUGGUCAAUAAGGCAAGAAAUCGUCCAAAUCUCCAUGUGGAAAGUGAAUUAGUUUUCAAACAGCCUCUAAGUGUGGGUAACUAUGAGUUCGGUACCAUUAUCAAUGAGGAGGAGGAGGAGCCGCCUAAAACCAAUGCAAAUGCUUACAAAUGGAAACGUGCCACAGAUGAUUGGUCCGAGAUUCAAGCAAAUGUGGCUGCAGUGCAGCAACGUCUAAAUGAUCCCCCCAAAGUAUUGGAAAACUUUAUACUACUCCAGGAAUUGGUUCAAAAUUUUACCCACUUGGAGACAUUCAUCAAAGAAGAUCAAGAUGUUUUGGCUUUAGGACAGGGAAAAGAACAAAUUGACUACUUUAUCUGGCAAAGGAAGGAACAAAACUUUAAGCACAAUUCAAGCCUCUUGUUUGCUAGUGCAGCUGGUUUCCGACUGGAAGACAAAGAUUCGUCCAUUAAGGAAUUCCCGAUAAUUCUUGGCAAGCUCAAAUGUCUGGCUCAACAAUUGCCAGAUAAAUUAAACAUACAUUGCCACAAUAAGAGCAACAAUUCCUCCAUACCCAGGAGCAAGGUAAAACAGCUGUUGCCGGCUGCUUCCUCCUAUGAUGAUUCAGCCUUGGUGCUAUUGACCCAUAAUCUAACUGUGGAAAUUUGGCAAUUGAAGCAAGAUCAUUACGAGCUAGAUUAUAGUCUGGAGAAUCAACAAGUGGAGCGUUUGGCCCUUCAUAAUGAUGAAUAUGUGGCCUUACUUUUGCUGAGACCUACGCCAGAGAUUCGUAUAUACAGAUCCAAUAGACUAGAGCAGAUAAUUGAUUUAAAUUCCGCAGCUGGUAAACCAAAUGAUAUGAUUUUCUGGUACUUGAAGGAAACGAAAGAUCUUUUGCUAUGCCUGACGAGCCAUGAGCAAGCUUUAACUAUCUAUCAGCAACAAGGAGCAGCCGGUUUCCAAUUAAUCUUAAAGGAGAGCACUUUACCCUUGAAUCAUACAAUGAUUCUCUUGGAAUUGGGCAUAUCAAAGUUAUCCCUAUUGGGUCUAACUUCUGGACAAGAUCUUUACUUGAUAGCACCACAAUUUGCACAGCUUUAA